UUACGCAAAUCUUACGAGAGGACCGCCUUUAAAGCUAUCACACUCCGCCUCCCUGUGCUGCAUUGAGAGGCCGCUUGAGACUACUGCUCCUGCUAGACACACAGACUUCGCCGAGGCUCGCUCAGUCAGUCGAACCUUCUCUUCAAAACGAUGGACAACUCGUAUCCACUCAUGGACGACGGCACGCGCGCCGACUAUCGCAAGGGAGGCGACAUGCAGCCCGGGUACGGGGCUCCACCUCUCUCUCAGCCACAGGUGAUCUUGGUGCCCCAAGGAGACCGUUCGCCGGCUGCUGGCAUCCGAGAUUUCUUCUCCUGGUCACUCUUCAACAUGGUCUACUUCAACGUGUGCUGCAUGGGUCUGGUGGCCACCAUCUUCUCCAUCAAGUCACGGGACCGGAAAUAUCUGAACGACCUGCAGGGAGCCGCCGAAUACGGAAGAAAGGCAAAGAUCUUCAACAUCAUCUGCCUCAUCCUCGGGAUCAUUUUGGCCAUCACAUUCAUAAGCCUGUAUGCGAAUUUGUUCAUCCAGCUUCAUCAGCAGGUCCACAGAGAGCAGGACAUGUCCAUUCACGGCUGAGAGCGGGAAAUACACGCAGGAGAGACACGCUGUCAACACCAAAAAUAAUUUAAGGCACACGGGUUAAAUGCCAGACAUGGAGUUAGGUUCAGGGUUAGGUCAAGGGCUAAGGGCUGGUUUAGUCGUUUGUUUUAAGUUAACAGUAAGUCUGUGGUUAAGCAUUGCUCCCAUAAUGAUGCGCUUCCAACCUGUGGCAUUGAGCGGUUGGUAUGGGACUUGGUGCGAUAGAUAGAUAAACCCACUGUGUCCUCCCAUCCCCACCAUUAUCCACGUUUGGCCUAUUCACUUGUAGUUUCUUUGUAACUGUAGGGGCCCUGAUUUCAUAUUGGUGAAUAUUUUUUCAAAGGAAAAAAACAUCCCGUUGGUCUCUAUCAUCAAAAAUGGGUCGUACCGUAAACACGAUGGCAUUUCGGGCAUGCCAUCAAAAUGUUAAUCUAACCAUUGGUGUUCACAGCGAGCUUCUCCGUGAUCCUCUACGCACGCACAGACACACGCAACACGCGCAUGGAGACGCAGGGACACACAUGACACCACUCUACGCUACAUGCAUUGUAGAUUUGUAUCUUGUCAUAAGAGCCGAUGGGUAGAAUGCAGGUGGGGGGGGUUCGCUGGGUUGGCGGUGUAGUUGAAUGUGUUAGUGUGCGUACGUAUAGCUGUCCUACGAUGUGCUUGCUGGUUGUACUGCGCGCCGUUUGCCGUGACGUCCGACGUUUCGCGCUGCGUGCUGGGAACCUCUCCCGGAACAAAACACCACAACACAACCAGGUAACACAUGGGAAAGCUAUACAGCGCUACCCGUAAAAAAAUACAAAUGUAGUGUGGUAGUGUGUGAGCUUCAUAUUCUCUUGCGGUAAAAUAAGGCUUUGGAAUGCUUUAAAACAAAUAAUCAAAUUGUGUCUCAAGCUUUUAAGGCUCGGUGUUUGCAUGCUAGACUGCUUCGGCCAUGCUGCUUCCGAAAACCGACGUGCCCCUGUACCUUUCACAAACCAGCGUAAGCGUACGGGCGUCAUUGUUAUUAGAACCAUACCUGCACCGACUCUUAUCGACGGGAAGUAUAUGCGGUAUACAGCCAUUCUCUUUUCAUAUUAAAAAAAAAAUCAUGUAUUUGGUUUUAUCUCUUUUUAAUCGUAUAUAUUUUUGUUUAACUCACUUUGAUUGACAUAUGCAGUUAGCACAAUGGGCUUAUAUUUCCACGUACGAAUGGCAUACUGCAAGAUAGUAAAAACUCUUUUAACAGCAAAUAUAACCAUGGUCUUGUCCAGAUGACCUCGAGGCUUUAUAUUUAAGUGUGAAUGAAAUUAAAACAUUCACUAAACUUAAUCGUUAUGCUUAUUGUAUGCAUUUUUAUUCGGCAGAUCGCACAUAUAAUGCUGAGAGGGAGGGUGAAGCAUUUUGUUAUCCAAAGCCCUCAGCUAUUAACAUGCAGGACUGUUGACAAUAUUUCUACACAUCUCCUUGAGCCUGGAGCCAAACCUCAGCGAUCCAGUUGCAUGCAACUGAAUCGCUCAAUUGCAUGCAACUGAAUCGCUCAUAUGUGGACGUCCCUGCAAUCCGUUGUGAGCAGUUGCGCAAACCGGCUGCGCAACAGUAGAGACAGACCCACGAGCAUCGGUCUGCUCCGCGAUCGGUUGUUAAGUAUUCUAUCGUGCAUAUUUGUCGUCUACGAUUGACCAUUACGAUCCUCAAUCCGCGGUUUUACCUUGCCUGGCUGCGCGAGUGUGCGGAGGAGAAGCGGCUUAUCGCGGAUCAUUAGGAAGAAGAUUGCCACAUGUAUGGGGGGGGGGGAUGUGUGCAGACACGGUAGGCUUGCUGCGGAUAAGAUGACCGCGGAUGAGAGGAGUUCGUGAACUUAGCACUGGGCAAGUGUGUCAAAAGCAAAACAAAAUGUACAAGCCUCAACUGUUUGAAGGAUUUUUAAACAUAAAGGGAAUUUAUAAUUAAGUACGGGGGGGGGGGGGGGGUGGUGGGUUUUAAAAUUUGCUGGAUUUUUCACUUUCUGGUGCUGUGAGACUUUAACGCUUGAACAUAUUGUCCAGUCUGAUCAAAGUUGGUGGCCUCUUGUUCAACGUCCUUGAUUCUCACAAAGUAUAUCUUAAGGGGGUUACCUAAGACCAAGUCCCCCCCAGCACACAAACAAAGGGAAUUGUUCGUUAUUUUUGUGACCCUCACAUAUCCAUCCACUCAUUAUGGCAGGCUUGCACGCUGCUUGACACGUGAAAGGCAGAGCUUGCAGGUGACCAUGACCUUGUGAUGCCUCGCCAUUGCUUACUUCUGCCAGACCCGUUAGUUGUUACAACGUCGACAGCUUUCAACGUCUUCCCUUAUGCAAUCUGAUCACCAGCACCAUCCGCUUUGUGAGGUCGUCCCCUUGUUACACCAUCGAUACGUCCAUCAAGGACCACUUUUACAGUCUCAUCAUCGCUGGCGUCAGGUUUCCCCAUCUUGAUUGCCGACUUCUGCGCGCGUCACUCCAUCCAACGGCCCGUCUCGGUAACCUGCGCGCCUCCGUGCUGGGCACGCGUUCCACCCAUCGCAGACUCCGCGCGAUAACCAUCGGGGAUCGCGUCUCGCCGCACAGCCUCAACUUUCAAGUCGCCUACCCCAUCCUUUGCAAGAUAUUCCAAGCAUCCUCCGCGGUCACUUAUGUAGGUCUCAACGUCAUUAAACUUCAAAGACGCGCAAAAGGAAUUCUCGACGCGCCUUUCGCCGCCCGCGGUCGUCUGUUCUCCACAUGAGCCUGCCAUAUAUAUAAACAACAACCAACGAUGCCUGCAGCCUUUAUUUUUUUCUCGGGAAUGCAUAAGCCUGCACGAGGUGUGGCCAAACUUCCCGAUCCUACGAGACGCAUACCGACGUUUUCCUCGUGGCUGAGAAUUGCAUAACGCGCGGUUGUCACGCGACCGGUCGUGCCAGUUAGUCGUGGCGUUCCAACAUUUGUGGGGGGGGCGGGGAACAGUUCACGAGCACUCCUGGGAGCACUCCUUGGAGUGCUCCCAGGAGUGCUCGUGUAUUCUAUUGGCUCCGUUGUCAGUGGGGGGGCGGGGGGCGGGCGAGUGCUCCUGGCUGCUCCCGCGUCUGCUGAAAUUCCAUUUGUAUUGAACGCCACUAAAGUUGAUUUCGUGCUUCCGCCGGCCCACGCGCUAUAGGAUCCGCUCGCGAGCAACAUGUGGCACUCACAAUCCACGCUGUGGCCACGCCUUGCCACUCGCUACUACGUGAGCAGUGUAAAACGCGGAAUAUAUUUCGAUGUGUGUGAAUGUUGUACCCUACGUAUGGAUUUGUAAUAACAUUGAUACCAAUAGAUACAUAGCUUGGAAUACA